AAUGAACAAAACCAUAGCGAUUCUCGUCGUAAUUGGCGGUGUAGCCCUCGCCCAAAGCGGUAUGGGCAAUUCCCUUGGAUCGUGGGUUCAGGAUGGCCAAGGUGGACGAGAUGGACGAGGAGGAAGAGGCCUAGGAGGCAGAGGCGGUCCUGGCGGACGUGGUGGCCCAGGAGGA